CCUCCAGAGAGGAGGGGCCGCACUGCUCCCAGAGACGCCCCAAGAUGAAGACAGCCCUGCUGCUCCUCGUUGCUCUGGCAGUGGCCGCCGGGCCAGCCCGUGCUCUCCGCUGUCACGUCUGCUCCAGCUCCAGCAACUGUGAGAAAGCCCAGAACUGCGCGGUCAGCGCACGCUACUGUCGGACCAGCACCAAGAUGGAGCCCCUGAGGGGGAACCUGGUGGAGAAGGACUGCGUGGAGUCGUGCACGCCCACGAACACCCUGCGGGGCCAGGUGAGCAGCGGGGCGGCCACCACCCUGUGCUGUCAGGACGACUUGUGCAACUGGAGUCUGCAGAGCCGCGCGCCCGCCCGCACCCUGCUCCCCGGCGCUGCCCUCCGCCUGGCGCUGGCCCUCGGCCUCCUCGCCCUCCUCGUGGCCCCCAGCCUGUGACCUCCCGCGGGCAGGGGCCCCCAUCCCUUUCCCGGGGGACUUCCACGCCCCUGCGGUCCCUUCUUCUCCCUGCCCGGGGGACUCCGCAGCCCCUCCCACGGGCGCCAUGAAGGGGAGGUUGGGACACCCUGGGCUGAGCCUGCCUCCGAAGGUCUGGGGGCUCCCUCCCCCAAGACAGGAAGAUGUACUUCCCUGAGCAGCAGGAAGCAGCAGACAGAAGGCGUUCUGACCCCUUCUGAUUUGACAUUAAUUCUGUUCCGUUUCCGUUUGUUUUUCUACUUGCAUAGGAAUAAAUGCCUGAAAAUCCGC